GCGUAAUUUUGCGAUUUAUAUGCAUUCGAGAAUAUUGUGAUUAAAUCUUUCAACAUUCCCACUUAAUUUUGGGGGCUAUAUAAAAUUUCAGUUCGUCAAAUGAUUUCGAAUUCAAACAGAAAGCGGCUCAGACUUGGACAUAUUAUAAUGAAGAUUAUUUUAAUGAUUAUUGUGGCUAUAUCUGUGUGGUCCAAUUCGAACGGUUUCAACUCCAAAGAAUGGGCGGAUCUUGGUCGAACUCUGAAAGAAGAAUGCAAGAAAGAGAUUGGAAUCGAGGAAGUGAGAAGACAGAAAGUGCAUCAAACUGUAGUGGAUAAAUCGGACAUUUUACUGCUGAAAUAUGUACAAUGUGUUGGCAUAAACGGUGGUUUUGUUGAUGAGGAUGGGAACGUCAAUGUAGAUUUUAUCAAACCACACCUCCGAAAUUUGGGAAUACCAGAAGAUGUCAUCACUGAAUCUACUCAGAACUGCGUUAAGAAAUCAGAAGAUAUUCUGUUGAAAAUAGUAUAUUAUUAUGAAUGUUAUCGUGAAUAUUUGCCUGCAAGAGUAUUUGCUGUAUGAAUCCAAGAAAUAAAUGAAAAAA